AGAAAGACUUCACUUUGAAACACCAAAGGAAGCCAGUAAAGGAUGAUAUAAAGAAAGAUCCUACGAUUGCACAAAAGUACAAAACAUACAGUAAAGUUAAGAAAGGCGCGAAUGAUAAAGAUGACACAGCGACUACAAAGUCGAUACCACCACCAGCUAGUACGCCAAAGAAGAAAGCAGCUGCUGUGUUUAAAACACCCACAAAACCAGCUACUAGCAGUGGAUUUACGCCUAAGAAGGUCGAAUAUGCUGCAGCAUCACCACAGAAGUUUAAGGAUAUGUUAAAUACACUCAGUCCAGCGAAAAGUAACAACAAUGCUAAAUUCUGGACACCACGUACAAAAGCUAGAAAGAGACUGCGAGGUGAGAAUGUACCAAACACACCAAAGAAACAGCGUAUGGAAAUGAUAGGAAUACAAGAGGAGCAGGAUGUUGUUCAGGAGACGAAAGAAGAGGAGGAAGAAGAGGAAGACGAUAUGAUGAACACACCUGCAAAAAAUAAGGCGUUCAAACCAUUAUUUGAAUCACCCAGACCAUCCACUAACACCAGCAACAAUAGUAGUGUAGUUGUAUUACCUCCUCUACCGACAAACACGAUAUCAACCUAUGUUGACAACCCUCAGUCACAAGAACUAACAAGCUCACAGGCUACUAUACCACAAUCGCAACCAUCGCAGUCACAAAGAGGUUUGAAACGUGGACAGUCACCAGAGAAUACCAGCAGAGCUGCAAUUUCGAAGAAGAAAUCCAGAACGACAUUGAAAUAUCCGAACAAGGUUGAGCUACCGCAGAGUCAGACACUGGCAGGUAAGCAAGAUAUAAAGAAUGAGCCAACGCAAUUAGAAUUAGAGGGUACUAGUCAACAAAUAAGCAUCAUACCUCACCUUCAAAAACGUAAAUUGAAAAAGCGAGACGAGGAGAGUGAUGAUACUGAUAUAGAGGACUAUAUACCAAUGACUCAUAAGCAUACCGAGCGCUCGUUUAUCCAAGAAGAUGAAGAAGCGAUUAAUCAAGACAAUAAAGUGAAAUCUAGACUCGGAGAAUUAAGCUUAGAUUCGCCGGGAGCGGUCAAGCGUAGUAAAGAGUAUAACAAGCAUAUCGAUGAGAAAGUACGUUCACUCCUCAGUCGAUCUGACGAACCGGGAUAUGGUAACUACCGUACUGAAAUCAUGCCAUACGACGAGUUGAGCAGUGAAGAAGGUGACGACGACGACUGGGAAGAAGACUGUGAUGGGUGGAAAGCUGACGGUGUCGGUUUCAUUGAAGACUAUGAUUAUGAUUGUAUAUAAAUAAGAGGAAUAGAACGCAUUCCAUGGAAUCUAUUGAUGACCGUGCCUUAAUAAAGACGAGUGAUAAAUUUAAGAGAUUAGGAGGACAGAAGAUUGAUAUAUGGGCUAAAAUAGUUUCUAUAAACUAUUGUAGCUAUAAAAAUCUAUGAAGUUUCGCGUGUUUUUUCUCAGUAGACGAUAAGAAGCUAAUUAAGCUUUCCUAAUUGGGCAAACGCCGCUUGUGGUGUGGCUAGUAAAAAGCUGGUGGUACAUUAAAUCUAAGGUACUAGUCUUUUAGGCCGACUGAAAUUGAAAUAUUUCAUCAACGUGGGUGGAUCUGUAACUGAAUUGUGACUUCAUCUCCUUUACUAGAACGUUGAAGACUGAAUGAAGUUUGGUAGGCGUAUAAAGUCUAACUUAUAUCCAGAAUGGCAAGAAUACUAUCUAAACUAUUCAGAACUCAAGAAUUACUUGAAAUCUAACUCAGAUGGCUGGGAUUCCUCAAAGGAAGCAGAAUUCAAGGAACAACUAGCGAAGCAAUUAGAGAAAAUCUACAACUUCCAGAAAUCUAAAGUUUCUGAACUUGCACAGAGAAUAUCGAUUUAUGAGAAUAUUAUAAACGACUAUAUUCGUACAGCUAGCGCAGAGUCAUCACCCGCACACUCAGCUAAAGACUCAGACGACGAUGAUGACGACGGCCAUUCAAUUAGCCAACAUCCAGAUGAUGACAGCAGCGGAUACGAUCUGGGCAGAUUUGAAGAACGUUUCAAGGAGUUAGAAGAUGAUCUAGCUGUUCUCGUAGCUGACGUUCACGAUUUGGCAAACUACACAAAAUUAAAUUACACAGGUUUCAUUAAAAUCGUAAAGAAGCAUGACAAGCAAACAGGAUAUAAACUUCGCAAGGAUUUCGUAAAGACUUUCUUAGAUGAUAAGCCAUUUUAUAAGGAGAAUUACGACGCUCUGAUUAUUCAGCUUUCCAAGUUGUUCGAAAUGGUCAGAACAAGGGGCAAACCCAUUCAAGGUGAUAGUGCUGCCGGCGGUCAACAAUCGGCUUUCGUUAGGCAAACUACAAAGUACUGGGUCCAUGAAGAAAACAUAAUUCCUCUUAAAUUAUACAUUCUUAAACAUCUUCCUGUUUUGGUAUAUGAUCCAGAUAAGGAAUAUUCACCUGAAGACUCCGCAAUUACUAGCAUUUAUUACGAUAACGAAGACCUUGAUUUCUAUCUGGGAAGAUUAGAAAAGACUGAAGGUGCUGAAGCUAUUCGUUUAAGAUGGUAUGGUGGCAUGGAUGUCAAACAGAUUUUCGUUGAACGUAAAACUCAUAGAGAAGAUUGGACAGGCGAAAAAAGUGUCAAAGCUAGAUUUCCAAUAAAGGAAGACCUUGUAAACGCUUACAUGUCAGGUGACAUGACGAUGGAUGACGUCUGGAAAGACAUGAAAGCUAAAGGUAAAAAGAGCGAUAAGGAGAUUGAAUCUAUGAAACAACUUUCCGAAGAAGUCCAAUAUAGAGUAUUGACGAAGCAAAUGCACCCAGUCAUGAGGAGUUUCUACAAUCGUACAGCAUUCCAACUUCCUGGAGAUGCACGCGUACGUAUAUCGUUAGAUACAGAGUUAUCACUUGUUAGAGAAGAUAACUGGGAUGGUAGGCAACGUUCAGGUGAUAAUUGGAGAAGAAUGGAUAUUGGUAUAGAUUAUCCAUUUAAUCAACUGCCAAAUGAAGAUAUUGAUAGAUUCCCGUAUGGUAUUUUAGAAGUAAAAUUACAAACUCAGAUGGGCCAAGAACCUCCAGAGUGGGUUAGACAGUUAGUUAGCAGCCAUUUAGUUGAAGCAGUACCAAAAUUCUCGAAAUUUAUACACGGAUGUGCAACUUUACUAGACAAUAGAGUUAACUUACUGCCGUUUUGGAUGCCGCAAAUGGAAAUUGAUAUACGUAAACCAGCUACGAAAGAGUUGCUCAUCGAAAGACCUCAAACAAGCAACGUAAAUUCAGCUGACCACACUCCAAUUCAAACACCACCUGAGAACAGCGAGGAAGAGAACGAUAGUGAUGAACAAACUAAAAAUCUAGAACAUCUUGAAAUGGCUAGAAGAGAAUCUAGGUUGAGAGGAACCGAAGAUGAUGAUCACGAUGGAGGAGAUAGGAUGACAUUACCUGCUAGACAUCACAGUGCAUAUAGAUUACCACCAAACUAUCGCGAAGAGUUAAUAAAGAGUGAAAAAGCGAGAGCUGAGAAUCUUCGUAAGGAGAAGAAUAAGCUGAAAGCAUCGAAGAAGAAUACGAGGUCACAGUCUAUUGAAUAUGUCAGUGAGCAAGAUGAAGACGAUGAAGACGGUUACCAUCAUCAGGAAGGUACUUCAUUGUUGGGUGGUACUUCUUCUGGUCAAUCAUCAAAAUAUGGUGGUACAAGCGAUAAUCGUGUUAGUUGGAAAAAUAUACCAAAUCAAUUUAAGAAAGUUACACCAACAACAAUUAAACAAUACGCUCAUUGGUUAUUCAAGAAUGAUCACCUUGAUUAUCAUUUCAAUGAUGAUAGUGAAGAUGAAGACAGUCCUAAAGCUUUGGAUGAGGAAACGGCUGGGGACGAUGAAACUGUUGAAUAUGUCAACAGCUUCAGGGCUGAUAAUGGUAAAAAGAUCUGGGUGCCAGUUAGAGUUGAACCGAAAGUCUACUUCGCUAAUGAGAGAACGUUCUUGAAAUGGUUACAAUUUUCUAUCUUGCUCAGUUCAAUCGCUGUCACAUUGCUUAAUUAUACCAGUACAGCUGACAAAACUGGAUUUAUUAGUGCAGCAUUGUUCACAUUCGCUUCCUUAAUCAGUAUAUCAUACUCAGCAUUUACGUUCGUAUGGCGAGCAAUGAAGAUAAGGAAGAGAGAAGCAGUCAGUUAUUACGACAGGAUUGGACCAAGUAUUCUCUGUGGUGUUAUGUUAAUCGCAGUUUUCGUCAACUUCAUUUUGAGACUUACUUCUAUUUGAGUUAUAAAUACAUUUGCAUUCC